AUGGCUCUAUGGCCACGAUCAAUGAAUGAGUCACCAUGCAAAUGAUAAUUCUAUCACAAGGAGUCAUCGUCUUCCCAAGCAAACGCCGUUAAGUAGUAAGAAAAUAAUGUGCGACACAAGAGAAGACAGGCAUGCGUUUCGACCGAUGAAGUGAUUCACACACAUCAACAUUAGCACACGGACAGUUAUUAAUCGAAAGAAAAGUCUUUUUUUCGGGAAUUUUGGCAUUCAUCGGAGGAACAUUGCAAUGGAGGACGACGAAACUUUAGCAGUCGGAAAAACCGUGAUUCUCGCGUUAAUCUUCAUCGUAAGCAUAACUGGAAAUGCAAUGGUGUUUUACUGUGGUCUCCACACACAAAGAAUGUCAGCCAUGAACCAUAUUAUUGUAAAUUUAGCGUUGAGUGAGAUUCUGAUCGCGGUUAUCGUCAUCCCUAUUCAAAUCGAACGAGAACUCACUGACAAUCUUAUUUUUGGAAACACUUUUUGUAAAUUGUUGGAAUAUAUUCAGACUGUUGCUCUGGGCUCUGCUAUGAUGUCGCUAAUCAUGUUAAGCGUCGACAGAUACUGUUCGGUUUUCCAUCCUUUGUCUAAAGUAACCCGCCGCCAAGCUCGUCACAUGAUGGUCUUUUCCUGGUGCUACCCUCUUCUUUGCGCCAGUCCUGUGAUGUACUAUGUCCUAGGAACGACCCACCAACCCGAUGCACUCUUACUUCAAUGUCACCCAAACCACGAACAUUCACUCACCCAACUCGAUCGGUUAUAUUCCUUGAUUGAGUUAUGGUUGAUAUUUUUGCUACCUGUUCUCAUGGUUGUGAUGGUUUACGUUGUUAUAAUUACGCGUCUUCUUCGAAGUGGAAGUCCUUCUCGAGGAAGAGCAACAAAUAAUGGCACACCAACAAAGACUGUCAAUUAUCCUGGACCCAUUCAUCGAAGCUACACAACGGCUUUGGAUUCAAAUAUCGUCCCUUUAGCCAAAAGGCGGUCUGUGAUCAUGAACUUGAUAGUCAUGUCGACGUAUUUAUUUUGCUGGGCUCCUCUAGCCACCUUGUUUGUUAUCAAAAACAUCCAAAGUUUUAAAAAAGACUUUAGUUUUCAAACGAUACACGACCUUUCUUCGUUCCUUGCUUUAGCCAAGCUCUGUCUUAAUCCCGCCAUUUACAGCUUUUUCGACAACGCCAUUCGAGACCAACUCUGUCGUUGCAGGUGUAAUACAACCAACGAACAAAUCGUAUACUCUGAAAAAUGCUCUCGGGGGAAGCUUAGCGAAUUGAGUGUCAGUAAAAUUGGAUUCUCUAGAAGCACUGGAAUCCCUCCCAACAAUUCUGAACCACUUCUUCUUACUUCGUCGAAUCAACGGAGCUCGUACAAAGCAACCAGCUUCAACACUGAGAAACUAGUGCAAAUGAUCUCAAACACUCGUCGAUAUAGAAGCUUAGGGAUGUUUACUUCUCGAAGUUCUCAAAUUUAGUCCAACAGGACACUGAUGAAUAUUUUUCUAGUCAUUUGAGUAAAACAUGACUGACAGUAAGGUUUUGUAAAAAAAUAAAUAUGAAUACGAUGAUUAAUAGAAUAAUAAUCAUAUGGUUUUAAUUUCAGUGAAAAAAAGUCAGCAAACAACAAUGUAUUUAACAACAUGCAUUUUAUUAACC